GUCUCGAAUGUCCCGGCGGCACAACGAUCAGUCUGUUAUGUUUACAUGUGUGUGUAUCCGGGUGCUGUCCGUGGCGGACGAUUUGCAGCUGGUCACUUGGUCUUUUCAGUGAUUGCUCUCGGCCGCCGGGACACCUAUGAAAGAUAGCAGAGAACAGGGGCAGUGAGCGGCAGGAUGGGAGACGAAAACGCAGAUUUGACUAAGCCGCCGCCGCAUUUGGAGGGUGUUCUGCUGAAGCAAGAUCCCCGGGGUCUUAGGAGAGGCUGGAAAAGUCGCUAUUUCGUGGUGAGAAAGGACAACAUCUUCUACUACAAGUCGAGGGAAGAGUCGGUCAGCAAUCACAAGUACACCGGUGUUAUCAAGCUACCUGAGGUUGAAGAGAUCAAUGAGACAACAUUCAGCAAGGUGCCUAAGCAGUCCUACGUCAACUGUGGGUUCACACUGACCGUAAUUGGCCAAGACCGCGUCUACAGUCUACUGGCAGAGGACAAAGCUGAUUGCGACCACUGGGUGCGAGGUCUGAAGUACGUCAAGCGCUACUGGAAGGCGCAGGACAUUUACCGCACGACCGUGCUCAACGAUGACGAGAUAACACGCAGGAUGAUUGCGGACGAGGAUGAGGAAGACUACAUCGACAGCAAGUUCACUGUGUAUGGUGAAGGGGGAGACUCCACAGCUUCACCGAAGACUAGACGACAGAGCCAAACUCGACCGCGUUCAAAGUCUGACACGCGCCGCGUCAUGGUUCACCUGACCGGCGGCGAGACGAAGCGCGUUGCUCUGGCCAUGGACAGCACGGUGGAGAACCUACUGGGUCUUCUCUCAUCAUCUCUCAUGUCGACCAACUGCAAUGUUUGGCAAGUGAACAAGGAGGGAGUUGUGCGACGCCUGGCCAAGACGGAAGCGAUUGCACCUCUAAAGCCCUACACUGACCGUUUCUUCUGCUUGAACAGCCAGUGCAGGCCUCUGGUGGUGCACUUCGAUAGAGACGAAGGCUUUGUGGCAACGGACGUACCGGACACCAUCACUGCGUUUCAGGUGGUUGAGUUGAAGUGCAUGACGGACAAGCUGGCACAACUCGGUGUUUACAGCGCUGGCCUGUUCUUGCGCGAUUCGUCCGCGAAAGAUGUGCUAUUUGCCAACGAGGAUAUGCCAUGCAAGCUACUAUAUGACGAGGGUGCCGACGGCAAGCCGUUCUGGAAGACGAGUCUAGGACACCUGGUCAUGCACAAUAAGAGACAGUUUGAUUCACCGAGCCUGCGCCCAUCACAGAAGCCAAUACACAUAGCCGUCAAUGAAAGGAAGAAAAGGGAAGAGGAUGCUUCCAUGGAAGAAAAACAGCGCGAGCUCUUGAAAAAGAUAGAUCAGGACCGGCAGAUUAAGUUGCAGCGGGACGAGAGACGCAAGGCGGACGAGUUUCAGGCAUCCCAGGCGGCUAGAGAGGCAGAGGGAGAGACAGACGGAUCAGGCGAGUGGUUCCCCCGUGAGGAAGUGUCCCAAAGGCGGCUGUCCCGGCGCAAACAGAAAUCAAAAAAGGAGAGGGACCCGGAGGACACGCCGUUUGAAAUCGUAAACGACUUCUAUAGUGGCGAUGCGGACGCAUGCGAUGACCUCACGGUGACGGAGGCUAGUCUGAUGUCCCCUCCAAGUGAGGGAAGUGAGGAUAGUAGCUACGCAUCGAGUCAGCCCAGCAGAGGAUCGACUACAACAGACCAUGCGCAACUGACGGCCGACUCUGUGCGGUCCUCAAUCACCUCAGCCGACAGUGCCAGGGACUCCUCGGCAUUGUCGUCCUCGCCGGAGAGCCACGCGGAGGAAGACAGCGGUAGCGUCAGCCAAGCUGCAGCGCAAGACAUGCCAGUGUCUGCAACAAGUGCUGAGGAGCCGUCACCAGCCGCUAGCGGAGCUAGUCCAUCACUACGGCGCGUGCUUGAAUCGCCAGACUCGGCCGCCAUUGUGUCCAGUGCGGGAAGAUCGGCGGUGCGCAAUCGUGGAUCCCUCAGUGGCAACAGCGGCGGCAGUGGCAGUGCAGCCCGAAGUACUCGCGUCCGUUUCAGCCUGGACCUAGUGGAGGCCACCGACAUACCAUCAGACGCGGACGUGAAGGCACACGGAAGCUGCGAUGAAGAUGACGAGGAGAGGGGCGAGGCACACGAUCAUGAUACUGACGACGAUGAUAAUCGCAGCGACAUGACAACUCCAAGUAGUGUUAGUAGCAUGUCGACUACGGACGAGUCGGAGCAGCAGGCGGAGAGCGACUCGGACAGUGAUACGGACGAUGAGUGGCAUCGCAUGCAAGACGACGAACUAAACGAUCUCGUUACGAAGCCGCUGGAUCUGAAUCACCGCCAGGCACUCAAGGGCGUCUUGUCGCGCGGAAGGAACCUGAACGCGAGUCGCCGUAACAAAGACAGCCGCCGCAGCUUUGGCGACUUUGACGAGAAGCACUUGCACCGGCAGGAGAUGGAGGCACGGAAGAACAAACCUCCCAGCGAUGACACGUGGCAGGUUGUGGACUCAUUCGAUAAACAAGCCGCAGCCGAGGCAGCACGUCGAUCAGUUCGCCGGCACACUCUUCUCCAAAGCGAGGCGCCCACACCGGCCCAGGCAGCCGGAGCAGCAGUGGGACAACCUGCCCCGUCGUCGUCAACAGCAGCAUCAGCAUCAUCUCUUACUGGAUCCACUGUCCAGCGAUCCAACGCAGACAAACAAGCAGCUGGAAGUGAUGAAAAGAAGUGGUCACGCAACCGUUCUGUGCGUGUCGACAAGCGAAGAUCCCCGUCCAUGAACGACUCUCAGGUUCAAAGCACAUCUCCGUCGCAGGAGCCGGAAGUAGACGAGGAAACAAAGCGAAAAAUUGAUGAAGACCAGCUGAUCAAGGAGUCUCGGAGUUCUGGGUUUGGCGAGCGGCCGAUGCUGACGCUGAACGGCGUACACGAGCAUAACCAAGAGAUGGAACGGGUGAGCGCUCUCCUCGACCGACAACAGCAGGUGGACAAGGAGCACAGCGACAAGGAGAGGCGGCUUGGCUCCGUCGAUCCCGACCAGCAAAUCGAAUCUCUCCAAGCCAAGCUGGAAGCUCUGCAGAAGGGCAAGGCUGCACAAGGUCCCAGUAAGGCUCAUCGCCCUCUGCCCGUCGACAUCAGCCGUCUCCUGCCGGCCACUCUCAGCACGGACGGUGGUGCCACGGCAACGGGCGGCAGUGGCAGUGCAUCGGUGACCACGGGCCGAGCGUUGCCCAUCACCAACCCGGCGCGCCUGAAGAGCGUUCUCAUGCAGUCCAAGCAGAGCAAGGACGCGUCGCACAAGAGCUACAGUCGAAUGAUGGAUUUCAUCUCGCUGUCUGGAACUCUGUUGCGCAACACCGGUGGCAAGUGGCACCUGGAGACCGGCUCGAGUUAUCACAGUGAAAUGAAUGAGGAUACAGAAGACCACGUAGAAGUCUUCAAGAUCCCCGGCGGCAUCAGAGCGGCGUACAACCACACACAGAAGUGCUGGUGUGUGCGUCCAACGGCAACCACUACUAGCAGCGCUGGCCAGGGACCGCCGGUAGUUGCACAGCCGGUGCCGAUAGUGGCAAUGCCCGUCAGCAGCGACUCCAGCCUGUCAGCGACACCAGUGGAGGCCAUCCCGGUCGGCAAAACACGCUCGGACAGCGCUGGCGUUGUGAAGGCGUUUGGGCCAGCGCCGGUGUUCGGAAAAUCAACCGGCAGCGGUCCGCCGGUGACGGCUCAGCCGGUCGCCAUGCCAACCAAAGCCGCUCAGACCACCGUGGAAGCAAGGCGACACACCGCUGCUACGCCAAGUAAUGAGACUACAGUCAACACAUAUGCAAUGAAAGAGAGACUGGUCAAGGGUGCGCUGGGCUCGACAGAGCAAUUGCUGGCACACUUCAGCAGCACCCGGGAAGCGGACAAAAAGCACAUUCUUGGAGACGAUGGGCGCACACCGAGUAUUGGGCACUUUGUACGCGGCACGUUCUGCACAUCGAUAGCCUCUGUCAUGUCCAACGGUCUCCGGCCGACCAGACUUGGCGGCUUCAUUGUGAAUUCGCUGUGGGAUGUGGUGGUGGCUGCCUCCAACGCUGGCUCUAGUCUUGUGUCGCAGCCGGCUCAGGAUGCCGUCGAGGACAUUAAGGCACACCCGGCUAUGAUUGACAGCAACAUGAAGUACAGGACAUUCCUCUGCCUGGCUCUCACGCAUUCCUUCCUGGAGCCAUGGCUGGACCAUUUGCGGCAGCAAGAUGAUGUUCUACGCAAGUACUACUUUGCUGAUUCGUUCCUGUCGCUAGCCAGAGGCCAGUGUGCUGGACUCUACGACACACUUCUCCUCACCAUCCAGCCACUUGCCGAGCUGCCGUUCAAGCUGCACAUCGCGUUCGAGGCUCAGCACCUGCACGCUGCCAACGAGGCGAAGCGGCAAGAAAACCGUCAGAAGCAGGAAGAGCAGCACCGCCAGCCGCACACUACCACCACCACCACCACCGCUGCCACAUUGGACGUGCCAGACGGAGGCAAGGAUUCCUCCGGCAGUCCGCGUCAGUCCUCUUCCCCGGUUCCCUUCACGGCCACUGCCUUUGUGAACGGUGGCAGCAUUGGCAAGCGCGGUGCCUCGCCAUCGGUUGCAGCGACAUCCUCCAUGAACGGUUCAAUGGAGGCACCGCCAAGCUCGUCUGCAGAAUCCAAUCACGUGGAUGGCACCAGCUCCGCACCUGCGUCGAGCUUCUCCAACAAGAUGCUGAGCCGCUUCAAGCAAGCCGUGGCCAGCAUUCAAACCAGCGAAUACGAAGCUGGUGCCGAAAACGACUGGGCGGACUCGGCCAAUGAUCACGAUGAGUCUAGUGCGGUGACGUUGGAUUCUCUGAAGCAACGUUUCACAGCAGUCCGGGAGAAGUCCAAGCAGGCCAUUGUUGGCCUGAAGAUGAAGCUGUCGGAGCCUGAAGAACAUGCUCAGAUGGAUAACGAACAACCAGCAGCAGAGGCAUGGAUUGUCGAGGCACUAUACACAAACAUGACGGAUGCAACGGACGAGCUGGAGUUCGACGCCGGUGCCCGGCUGGAGGUCAUCGAGCAGGUGAAUGAUGACUGGCUGGUCUGCAGGCUGGGCGAUCGCGAGGGUCUGGUGGCGACGAACUACGUCACCGACGUCCCAGGCUGAUCGUGUGUUUCUGUUCGAACGCUAGCUGAAGUUGAUAAGAUGUAGGCUUGCGUGUCACUUUGCCAUACUGCUAUUCGGCCUGCUGACCUUAUGUAGGCUUGCAUGUCAUUGUCCCAUAUACUGCUGUUCCUGCUGACCUUUUCUGCCAGAUAACUAUUUGAUACAAUUACAGAGACUGCCUGUACACAAUCACUAGUUGCAAAGUAUUUAUAGGAAAGGAGACUAAGAGUGCACUAAGCAAUUGCAUAUACAUGUACACUCAGCUGAACACGAGGUGAUGCGAUAACACCUCCCAACCUUCCAUUCAAUACCAAUUCCGAUAACCUCUUCUAUGACACAUUUUCGACAGGAAGGAUUUCAUCAAAGCAUACUAUUUUAAUCUUCAUGCUGCCUUUCACAGCAGUUUUUUUGGUCAAAUUUUACUUCCAAGCAGAGUUUCAAGUUUUAAAAUUUCCAUUUUCAAAAAUUGGUCUUUUUACACAGCCAUCUAAUUAUCACUUUAAAAA